AUGAGCCAGCUACUCACGGCGCGACAGGCGGAGGAGCUACACAAGUCAAUCAUAGCCUAUCUGGCCUCCGCAAACCUCACCCAGAGCUCCGCAGCGCUUCGAGAGGAGCUCGGCGACUCCAUCACUGUCGACGACACCACCCUCAAGAAAUAUGAGGGGCUACUGGAGAAGAAAUGGACCAGUAUCGUUCGACUCCAAAAAAAGAUUAUGGACUUGGAAUCGCGAUGCGCCUCCCUACAGACUGAAAUAGACACCGCCACCCCCACAUCUCUCUCACGACGAAACCAGGACCCGGCGUCCUGGCUGCCCAAGAUUCCGGCUCGCCAUGAUCUCGAGUCGCACCGACAACCUGUCACCUGCGUUGCUUUUCACCCUGUCUUCUCCUCCCUUGCCUCCGGGUCGGAGGAUACCACAAUCAAGAUCUGGGAUUGGGAACUGGGAGAACUCGAGCGUACAAUCAAAGGCCACACGAGGGCAGUUCUUGAUGUAGAUUAUGGUGGUCCGCGAGGAGGUACUCUCCUUGCAUCAUGUUCCUCCGAUCUCAAUAUCAAGUUGUGGGACCCCGCCGAUGAUUAUAAAAACAUCCGCACCUUGCCCGGUCAUGACCACAGCGUUUCUGCCGUCCGAUUUAUCCCAUCAGGGGCCGCCGGCUCACCAAUGUCUGGUAACUUGUUGGUGUCGGCUUCUCGUGAUAUGACAUUGAAGAUUUGGGACGUCACUACUGGAUACUGUGUUAAAACGUUGUCAGGGCAUGCCGCAUGGGUGCGUGAUGUUGUACCGUCGCCGGAUGGCCGGUUCCUCUUUUCUGCCGGAGAUGAUCGAGUUGGCCGUCUUUGGGAUGUUUCUUCGGGAGAAACCAAAGCAACAUUCUUGGGCCAUGAGCACUACAUUGAAUGUGUUGCCCUCGCUCCGUCUACGACUUACCCACACCUCGCGCCUCUUGCAGGCUACAAGAAGCCACCGCCUGCAUCAUCAUCUGCUGAGUUUGUCGCAACAGGCGGUCGUGACAAAAUCAUUCGUCUCUGGGAUGCCAGGGGUAACCUACUCAAGACCCUGGUUGGUCAUGACAAUUGGGUGCGGAGUCUAACCUUCCAUCCCGGCGGCAAAUACCUGAUCUCGGUGUCAGACGAUAAGACAAUACGGUGCUGGGAUCUUACCCAAGAAUGCAAGUGCGUUCGUACAGUCGAAGCUCAUGAUCGCUUCAUUACCUCAAUGCGUUGGGCUCCACCCUUGAUCAAAGACACCGGGGCCAGCGGAGAUGAUGGGGCAAAUGGGACAGAUACAGCGAAUGGGACCAAGGAAGAUCCAAAUGCUGCAUCCAAGAUGUCCAUUCGAUGCGUGCUCGCCACUGGCAGUGUUGACCUCAAGGUCAAGGUAUUCGCCUCGUGA